AUGGCCCCCGCACGAGGAAAAGUCGCUUUUGUUACUGGUGCAAACGGCAUCACUGGAAAUGCCAUCAUCGAGCACCUGAUCCGCAAACCAGAGUCCGAAUGGUCCAAGAUCAUCAUCACCUCCAGACGAGUUCCCAAGCAAAGCCUGUGGCAAGAUCAUCGUGUCAGGUUCAUUCCCCUCGACUUUUUGAGCCCUGUUGAGGAAUUGAUCCAGCGCAUGGCACCUCUUUGCCACGAUGUCACUCAUACUUUUUUCACAUCUUAUGUGCAUACAUCGGACUUUACCAAGCUACGCGAUAGCAAUAUUCCGCUGUUCCACAACUUUCUUGUCGCCAUAGACAUCGUUGCAGCAAGCACACUUCAGCGAGUCUGUCUCCAAACUGGAGGAAAGUAUUAUGGUCCCCAUCUUGGACCCACAGAGGUUCCUCUCCACGAAGAAAUGGGCCGUUAUGAGGACAAGGGCGAGAACUUUUACUAUCCCCAAGAGGAUUUCCUGUCAACUCUAGCAGCCAAACGUACUUGGAACUGGAACGUCAUUCGCCCAAAUGCCAUCAUUGGCUUUACAUCAGCAGGAAAUGGCAUGUCAAUGGCGCUCACCUUGGCAAUUUACAUGCUCGUUUGCCGUGAAAUGGGAGUCCCUCCCAUGUUUCCUGGUAACAAGUUCUUUUUCGAGCAAUGCGUUGACGAUUCUUCCUACGCACCCAGCAUCGCAGAUCUCAGUGUAUGGGCUGUUACCGAUGAACAUGCCAAAAACGAGGCAUUCAACCACCAGAACGGUGACGUGUUUGUAUGGAAACAGCUCUGGGGCAAGCUUGGGCGAUACUUUGGCAUUGAGGUUCCAGAGUUCACUGAGUGGGCUGCUGAGGGAACUGACCAGCGCAUGGCCAACAAUUUCUUGAUGACCGAGUGGCACAAGGACAAGAAGCAAGUCUGGGAGAGAGUAGUAGCCAAGCACGGUGGCCAGCUCGAAGCUUUUGAAUGGGGUACCUGGGACUUCUUCGACUGGGCCGUCGGAAAGUCCUGGUUGACCAUUGGCUCCAUGACCAAAGCGCGCAAAUUUGGCUGGAAGCGCUACGAUGAUACGUAUGAUACGUACAUCGAGACCUUCCGUGCCUUUGAGAACGCGGGUGUUUUGCCUUUUGCGGAUGCUUUGCGGGCUGAGAACAAGGGCCAGGCUACGCAGGCCAGUCUUGCUCCUCAUCCUUAUGAUGCGGUUACUUUGAAGAUGGCAAAGGACAAGUCAGAGCAAAAUGGGAUAGCUGCUAAUCAUGUCAACGGUAAGCUGAAGAAUGGUCUGGAGAAUGGGCUCAAGAACGGGAAUAUUGAGGUUGGGGAUCUGGCUGUGAAGGCGUGA